UCAUACAACAAGAUGGCGGGUGACAAGACAUACAUCGAUAUUUCGCGUGCCAAGUGUGAGCAGAGAGAUCGACUCAUCAGAAAUGAGUGGAAGAUUUCGAAGAAGCUAGCACUUGGAAACAGUGUCCUCGAGGUGCCAAAGACCUGUGGCAUUCUCACAGACCGAGAGAUCUCAAUUACUCAGGAAAACGACGCUGUUGACAUUGUCGAAAAGAUACGCAAGCAAGAGUACACAGCAGAGGAAGUUACUGUGGCUUUCUGCAAGCGUGCUGCUAUCGCACAACAAUUGACCAACUGUCUCACAGAAAUCUUCUUCGAAGAAGCGAUCGAAAGAGCUCGCCAGCUCGACCAAGAACGCGCUGCGGACCCGUCGGCACCAUGGAAGCCUCUACACGGACUUCCCAUCUCACUCNNCAAAGACUCCUUCAAUAUUCCGGGUUUCGACUCGACAAUCGGCAUGACAUAUUUCGCAAACAAGCCAGCCACAGAGUAUUCCGCUCUACCCAAGCUGCUACUCGAUCUGGGUGCUGUGCUGUACUGCAAGACCAACGUCCCGCAGACUAUGAUGACAGCGGACUCCGACAACAAUGUUUUUGGCCGGACGCUCAAUCCUUCUAAUCUGAAGUUGACUGCAGGCGGCUCUUCAGGCGGUGAGGGUGCCCUUGUCGCGAUGCGCGGUAGUGUGCUAGGAAUUGGCACGGAUAUUGCAGGCAGUAUUCGCAUACCAAGCAUCUGCAAUGGCAUCUAUGGUGCCCGUCCGAGUUCCGGUAUCGUGCCUUUCGACGGCCAGCAGUCACCAGAAGACCCGGGUAUGGUUGGCAUUGAGGUUGUGGCAGGUCCCAUGGCAACAUCGUCAAGAGCUUGUUCGUUCUUUAUGAAGACCAUCAUGAGCGCUCAAGCAUGGCGCUACGACGCUUCAUGUCUGCAUCUCGGCUGGCAAGGUCAACAAAGCAGUCGUAAGCCACGCAUUGGACUUGUCCUUGACGAUGGUGUUUACACACCCUUCCCUCCUGUACGCCGUGCCAUCAGAGAGGCAGCACAGAAGCUUCGAGGUGCAGGUGUUGACGUUGUAGAGCUGAGACUGCCCCAUGUCACCGAUGCCGUUGGUAUCACAUAUGGAAUGUUCGCGCUAGAUGGCUGCCAGUUUGUUCAAGAUCUCAUCAAGGAAGGAAAGGAGCCUCAAGUUGAGUCUGUGAAGAGAGUCAACCUCGCCGCUAUUCCCAAGAGCAGUAUGCAAGGUUACAUGGACUUGACCGCAGGGAGACGUAAGCUACAGGCUGUCUACCACAAGUUCUGGCUCGACAAUCAGCUAGAUGCUAUCAUGCUGCCCGGAGCACCCCAGACAGCCACGAGAUUCGACGAGUGGGGUCCAAUCAACUACACCAUGCUCUGGAACUUCCUAGACUAUCCUGCGACUAUCGUACCUACAGGCCGGGUUCAUGAAUCUGAUGUCGCUGAUGGUGAAGAUUCGGCCUUGUAUGGGGAACAAGAUCUGAAAAACUACAAGCUNUUUCCUUUCCUAGACGAUUCGCCCGAGACAUAUAAAGAUGCACCGCUAUCUGUGCAAAUUGUAGGCAUGAGGCAGGAGGACGAAGCAUUGGCAGAGGUCGUUGGUCUUGUUGACAAUAUUUUGAACCAUUCAUAG